AUUUUUGUUUAUUUAUUUUUUGUUUCGUUUUUGCAGCUUCGAGAAAACUGUUUGAAGAGGAUUCGGGAUGAUAGAGCUAAGCUCUUACGCAGACUCAGGUUAUCUGGCAAGACUCCCACCACCCACAAAGAGAUUGUAGCAUCUACUUUUAAGGAAAUUCUUUCUGAUGAACUGGAAAAGAUUAAGGAGUCAUCUUUCAUUGACUGCAAGGAAAUAUCCGUACCCCAUGUUGAUGAUUUAGUAUGGGACUAUAGUAGCCGGGAUGUUGCCUAUGUAACAACUGAAAAUGAGUAUAUUGACUUGAUGCUAGAGAUGGAAAGGCUUCUUCGUAAAGAUAUUGAAGAGCAACUUAUUGUCAAAGAUAUAGCUGAGAACGAGGACUUUGAGAAUGUUUCUCAAGCAGAGGAAGAUUACAUCAUUCAAUCUCUAGAACAUUUACAACUUCGAGAGUGCCAGAAAGAAAAUUUCUGGUGUCCUAUUUGCACAAAGGGAUGUUUGCAAGAGAAGCUCCAUUUCAUUUACUGUCGGUCCUGUAACCUUCAACUGGACAUUCAAAGCGACAAGGUUGAUCUGGACUAUUUACGCAUGCGAUUAGGUGAGGUCCUCGACGAGCAUCUUGACAAAGGAUGCCAUGCAAAACCAGAGUUUUGCAUGGAGAAUAGGUUCGGCUUAUCGGCAUUGUAUCUUCGUUGUUAUGCCUGCAAUAGCCUAGAGAUUGUGUUGUGAAGUUUUAUUUAUUCAAAUUUAUAGAAAUCCUUGUAAAGAAAAUGUAUUGUGGAUAUCCAAAAUAGUCAAUUUAAUAAGGAAAAAUGAAGUUUUGUUAAGUA